AUGGUUGGCCAACCGCCUCUUACCGGCCUCAAGGUCCUGGAGUUUGCCGGUCUAGCUCCAGGUCCCUUUGCCGGGCUCCUCCUCGCUGACGCUGGCGCCUCCGUCCUGCGCAUCGACCGCGCCGUCUCCGGCCCCGUCGCCCGCCAAGUUCCCGACCAACUAACCCGUCACAAAUCCUCCUUGGUGGUCGACCUCAAGUCCCCCUCCGGAAUCGCCCUCGUCAAAUCCCUCGCCGCCGUAUCGGACGUCCUCAUCGAUCCUUACCGCCCCGGCGUCCUGGAGAAGCUCGGGCUGGGUCCCUCUGUCUUGUGCAGCGACGAAUGCAACCCCCGCCUGAUCUACGCCCGCCUGACGGGCUUCCGGCGAGACGGCCGGUUCGCCACCAUGGCCGGGCACGAUAUCAAUUACCUGGCUGUGAGCGGGGUGUUGAGUCUGCUGGGGAGGAAGGGCGAGAAGCCGACGCCGCCCAUCAACAUUCUGGGAGACUUUGCCGGCGGUGGAGCGGUUUUGUUCCAGGGCAUCCUGCUUGCGCUGGCCGCGAGGGAGAGGACGGGCAAGGGACAGGUGGUGGAGGCGAAUAUCGUCGACGGAGCGAGUUACUUGGCUACUUUUAACCGGUUUGCGCUCAAAACGGCCGUGGGAAACGCGCCGAGGGGGGAGAACCUGCUGGAUACGGGCUGCCCUUACUAUGAUACGUACGAGACUGCGGAUGGGAAGUACAUGGCUGUCGGGGCAUUGGAGCCGCAGUUUUUCAAGGAGUUGGUUAAAGGGUUGGGGUUAGAGGGGCAAAGAUGGGAGGAGAGGAGGGGGGAGAAGGAGAAUUGGCCCGAGUUGAGGAGGGUGUUGGAGCACAAGUUUAAGACCAAAACGAGGAGGGAGUGGGAGGAUAUCUUUGACGGGACUGAUGCGUGCUGCACGGCGGUGUUUGAGUAUGGCGAGAUGGAAAGGGAGAGGGAGCGGUUGGAGGGCGAUCAGAGACCCGUGGUUACGCUUAGGGAGACGCCCUGCUUGGCGCUGAGGAGCGAUGCGAAGGAGGCUAGCCAUGGGCAAGGGCCGGGCGUCAAGGGGGAAGCGUAUGUAGGCAUUCCCUUGAAACCUGGAAAGGGAGGCGAAUCUGUCGUGGAGCGGUGGCUUGGUUGGAAGAAGGGCAAGGAGUUUGAUGUGUUGAAUGGGAGCGCUGUCGCUAUCAAGUCCAAACUGUAACGGAUGUUGGGUCUCUUUGAUGUUAUUUCUUGAUGGACAGAUCAUUCUGUGUGGAACUUUCAAAGGUUGCAUGCAUCAACAUGUACAAUACCUUUUUUUCUCUCCUC